AAAUCAUGAACCGGGUUAUAAGGGGGCGCCUCGAAGGCUCGAAACCUAGAAACAAGUUUUGAGUUGGGAGUUAGGAGGGGAGCAGAAAAACAGCAGGAGAAUGGGGAGGGAGAAAGAGGGGGAGCCCUUAAACCCUAAGGAGACGAUGAAGAUGAAGAAGCCCUCACGACUGGGCCCUAAGGCACCUAAUCCAAAAUCUAAAUUCAACAAGAAGAAGAAGAAGCUUACUAACAUUGACAAGAAGAAGAACAAAAACGACAGCAGCGACAAGGUGGGAGCCAAGAAACCCAAGCCCCAAGCAGAGCCCAUUUCACCCUCACAGCAGCUGAAUUUCUUUCUGGACCAAUUUCAAUCCGCCAAUAAUCUUCAGCUUUCUUCCCUCGAAUCCGACUCUCUCACUGAAGCAUGCAUUUUGGAUCUAUCUCAAGGCCUUGACCAAGAGGUUAGCACCUUAGGGAAACAAGUGAAGGCUGCUUUCGGGCCUUCAUGGAAAGAAGUGCUUUGUGAGGGUCAGCUCAUGGAAGGAAAAAUUGAUCCUGGCAAUCCAGCAGUUCUUAUCAUAAGCGCAUCUGCUCUACGAUCAUUGGAGUUUCUUAGGGGCUUACAGCCAUUGACUAGAGAAUGCCCUGCUGCCAAGCUGUUCUCAAAGCAUAUGAAGGUUGAUGAUCAGGUAUCCAUUUUAAAGAAUCGUGUUAAUAUUGCCAGCGGUACACCUAGCAGGAUCAAGAAGUUAAUUGACGUGGAAGCAUUAGGGCUUUCAAGAUUAUCAAUAAUUGUGCUUGACAUGCACACAGACGUUAAGGGAUAUUCCUUGUUUACGCUUCCACAAGUCAGGGAAGAGUUCUGGGACUUGUACAAGAACUACUUUCACCAACGACUUCUUCAAGGUGAUACACAAAUCUGUCUCUUUGGUAGAAUACCAAUUGGGUCUGACAGUAAGAAAAAACAGAACAAACAAGUUACUGAACAAUGAAUAGCAGCUUGUUCAGGUACAAAUUUUGAGCUGUAUGUUGUGCUUGUACCCUUUCAAUUUUCCGGUGUAUUGCAGGUUUCCUUCUGGAAGGAAAGUCAUACAUUUUUGUAGCUUAAAUGAUCAAAUUUUUGUGUGCUUUUGGAGGGUUCUACAUCUACAUUGAUUAGUUCAAAGAUCAUUUACUUAUGAUUGAUUCCUUUUAUUCUUUUUGUAAAGUUAAAAAGGAACGAGGAAA